AUGCCGUCAUUACCAUGGUUUUGCGUUUCACGUCAGUGCAUCGCGCUGCCUGCUAUUGGCUCGGAUGCCACUGAAGAUAUAGGGAAGGUGAGUUGUGGAGAUUCGCUGUACUCUCUAUGUCCACAUUUUUCCAUGUCCUUCUACACGACCACCCUACCGGACAGACCUCGAGAGUUUUGGGCAGAGAUUACCUGCAGGAUGGAGAGAUCAGAGGUCGGCCAUCUUGAUGGUUCCUGCCUCGACUGUUAUUGGGAAUUAACAUUUUGGAAGAAAGAACUGAAGAUAGUCACUUUCGCAGAGCAUUUGAAGCAAGAAAGUCAGAAAUGGCAGCCAUUCUCAACCUGCCUGCCUAGACGGGAGAAGAACACUGCUGGCAAGGGAAACCUGGAGGACUCCCGUGCGGAUCUUCGAUAG